AUGGCUGUCUAUCUCUGUCACUGCAGUUAUCUCUCCGCUUCUCUCAUCUCUCUCUCUCUCUUGCUUUCUGUUAUCUUCUCUCUCUCUCUCUCUCUUUUCUGUCUAUCACACGCACACAUACACUUAUCUCUUAACGUUUACUAUAUUUAUUUCUUCUUUCAAUUUCAAGAUUUGCUAUUCCUUUCUCGAUCUUUCGCCCCCUUUCUCUUCUCUUUUUAUUUCGUUAUCUUUCUCUUACAUUUUUUUCAGAACGCUUUUCUCUGUUCUCUCUAUAUUUGUUCCUGCUUCCAUCUUUCUGCAUGUCUGUUUCUAUCUCCCUUCUCUCUAUAUAUCUGUUUCUAUCACUCUCUCUUUCUCUCUAUCUCUCUCUCUCUACAUAUGUUUGUAUCUCCUUUCUUUCUAUAUACCUGUUUCUAUCUCCCUCUUUCUCUCUAUCUCUCUCUCUAUAUAUAUCUGUUCCUAUCUUCUCCUUUCUACAUAUCUGUUUCUAUCUCCAUUUAUCUGUUCUCUCUCUCUCUCUUAAUCUCUUUCACUAUAUCUCUCUCUUUCUCUAACUGUCACUUUCUCUUUCACUCUCUCUGUCACUAUACCUCUCUGUUUCGCUCAAGCUAA